CUUCCGAGAAAAGCCGGAAGAGAUCGGACCCUGAAGAGAAUACUGAGUUGCCAGCCCCUCCCCCGACCCCUACGGAAAGACGGGUGCAGAGACUGCCCUGCGAAGUCAAAACAUUUAUCCUGGCUUUGUCAGGGGUCAGUCGUGGGAGUGAGACAUAUUUGCUAUCAUUUGUUGAUCGAACACUCUUAAAUUGUUUUGCUUCGAUGCUUUCACGUCAUCUUCAAAACAACCUAAUGAGUGUGGACCCGGGCAGCAGCCAGGCCAUGGAGCUCUCUGAUGUCACCCUCAUUGAGGGUGUGGGUAAUGAGGUGAUGGUGGUGGCAGGUGUAGUGGUGCUGAUUCUAGCCUUGGUCCUAGCCUGGCUCUCUACCUACGUAGCAGACAGCAGUAACAACCAAUUGCUGGGCACCAUUGUGUCGGCGGGCGACACAUCUGUUCUCCACCUGGGGCAUGUGGACCAGCUGGUAAGCCAAGGCACUCCAGAACCAACUGAAAUCCCCCAUCCGUCAGAGGGGAAUGAAGAGAAGGCUGAAGAGACCAGUGACACUGGGGGAGACUCCACUGGGGAACCUGGAGCUAGGGCAGAUAUGGAGCCCAGCCUUGAGCAUCUCUUGGAUAUCCAAGGCCUACCCAAAAGACAAGCAGGCCUGGAGAGCAGCCAUCCAGAAGCUCCACUGGGAUUAGAUGAUCGCACCUGCCUCUCUCCCAGCCCCAGCCUCAUCAAUGUUCGGCUCAAGUUCCUCAAUGACACCGAGAAGCUGGCUGUGGCCAGGCCAGAGGACACUGUGGGUACCCUAAAGAGCAAAUACUUCCCUGGACAAGAGAGUCAGAUGAAGCUGAUAUACCAGGGUCGGCUGCUGCAGGACCCAGCACGCACGCUGAGUUCCCUGAACAUUACCGACAACUGUGUGAUUCACUGCCACCGCUCACCCCCAGGGGCAACUGUUUCUGGCCCCUCAGGCUCCUUGACCCCCUCAGCCACUGAGUCAUCCAGCCUUGGUGUCAAUGUGGGCAGCCUCAUGGUGCCUGUGUUUGUGGUGCUCUUGGGUGUGGUCUGGUACUUCCGUAUCAAUUACCGCCAGUUCUUCACAGCACCUGCCACUGUUUCCUUGGUGGGAGUCACGGUCUUCUUCAGUUUCCUGGUAUUUGGGAUGUAUGGACGAUAAGGACACCAGGAGAUAAUGAAAGGCAUGGUCUUUCUCCUUCAUGGCCUCCCCCUUUCCUGGCCAGAGCUGGGCCCAAAGGACCUGGGAGGGAGGAAGGGAUGGAAGGAAUAUGGUGGGUACCCUGUCCAUAGGACUCAAGAAACAGGUGUGUGGCCUCCCUCAUUGUCCACAGGGUACAGAUCUCUCUGCAAGCACAACUCAGGUAGAAACAAGGAUAUCA